AUGGCGAACGAAUUGGACAACGUUGGACUGUCCAACGUUGAAGAUGAAGUAAUAAUCUCACGUUUUCUUAAGCGUAUGGUCAUCAACGGAGAUUCAAUGCCCGAGCACUUCAUCCAAGACGUUGACGUGUUCAACAAGAAUCCAAAUGUGGAGUUCGAUAGUGGGAGCCCUGCCUUCGUGAUCGUUAAGCCACGAACAGAGGAUUCUGGUAUAACUGAUGGAUGCAAAUUAGGUUGCUGGAGGAUCAUUGGUCGUGAUAAACUGAUCAAAUCGGAGAAGACUGGGAAGGUUCUAGGGUUCAAGAAGAUUCUCAAGUUCUGCGUAAAGAGGAAACCAAGAGAGUACAACAGAAGCUGGGUAAUGGAAGAGUUUAGGCUUACCAAUAACUUGAACAAGAAGCAAGGUCAUGUGCUUUGCAAGAUUCGUUUUCUCUUUGAAGCCGAGACUAGUUCCUUGCUAGCCAAGCAUUUCUCGUAUCUCCCCACUACUGAAGCCGUACCGGUUCCUGCAACUAUAACACUUCCAGGGUAUGGUAACAAACCACAGACUCCACAAAUGGAUAAUGAAUCAUAUCUGCUGCAAUUGAUACUUCCUUCAGGAGAAAACAAUUGGCCUAGCUACGUUACAAACAACGUGUACCGCUUGAAUCCAUGGAAGCUUGUGAAUUUUCGUGAUCGGGUGUUUCUAAAGUUAGGAAUCUGCAUCUACGCUAACGAGACUUGUCGUGAUACAGAUGUAUGCGAUGGUGGUAAAUGGAUGAUCCUGCACCCUGAGAGGCUGAUCAGGUCAACGUCCGGGGAGACCAUUGGUUUCAAGAAGGUUUUUCAGUUUUAUGCAACGAAGAAGCGAUAUCAACUACUGUACAAGGAGGAAGAUGUGAAGGAGUCUUGGCUUAUAGAUGAGUAUAGGCUUGACGAUAAGGAGAAGCAGACCAAAGUGUUGUGCCUUAUCAGAAAGUUCUCUGCUAGUCCUCACUACUAA